UUUGUAAGUUCGUUUCUACGCCGCUCGUAAGGUCUCGGCCAAAUCGCAAAUGAGAAAAAACAUGUCGGAAAUCAAGAAGUGACGUCAACCAAGAUGAACUGCAGCGAUCAAGAAGACAUUUACCAGCUGGGUGACAAUGAGACAACCAACCAGCUGAUCGAUCAGCUGAUAAGGGAGUUCAGCAAAUCUCAGCUGAGGUACACCGAACCUCGCCACAUCGUGCUGAUAUCCUGCUAUCUGCCGCUCUUCCUGAUAGCUGCUGCUGCUAACUCUCUUAUCAUCAUCGUCGUCUUCAAGUACCACUAUAUGCGCAGUGUGACCAACUACUUCUUGGUGAACCUGUCAGUAGCAGAUCUUCUGGUGACGUUUAUUUGUAUGCCGAUGGCUGUGGCUCAGUCCGUCACGGGACUUUGGCUCUAUGGGGAGACUAUGUGCAAGCUGACGUCAUACUUACAAGGCGUGAGUGUUGGUGCGAGUGUAUUUACCAUCACCGCUAUGAGUAUCGACAGAUACCUUGCUAUCCGACACUCCAUGGCUUUCAGAAAGGUGUUCAACCGCAAAUCCACCAUAUUUAUGAUACUGUUCCUGUGGGUGGUGUCUCUGACUAUAUUCCUGCCUGUGCUGUGGGUCCGAGAGACAGAGUUGGUAGACCUGGGGGACGAUCCUCUCCUGUCAGCUGCUGUCAAGAAAUACAGCCUCACCUGGUGUAUAGAGGACUGGUCUCACCGCUCCAGGCGGGCCUAUGGAGUGUUGUGCUUCGUGCUGGUCUACCUGACGCCAGGGUGUGUGGUGAUCUUGGCCUACACACUGAUGGGUCGCAAACUCUGGGUGGUGCGACCACCGUUUGAUAAGGACGAUGGCAGCGCUAGCAAUCAGCAGGUUCGCCUCGUACGAGAAAGGAGAAGGGUGGCGCGUAUUCUGCUGCUACUCGCGAUUCUGUUCGCUCUCUGCUGGCUGCCCUACAACCUCCUGUCACUUCUCCUGGACCUUGAUCUGACGUUGCCGACCGUCGGCUUGCCUCAGGAGACGCUUAUGAAGUUGUUCCCCUUCACACUGCUGCUGGGACACGCUAACUCUGCCAUCAACCCUCUCCUGUAUUGCUUCAUGACUCGCAACUUCCGCCGCACAGUCCGGAGUCUCUUCUGCCAGACAGGCAUCUCUAGACCUCGCCCACGACAGAGGAUAAAAAAUCGCAGCGCCACGUCGUCGAGUGGAUACGCUUCCUACCACAGCCCUCAUCGGCGCUGCUACGUGCUCAGCCAGCCUCAGCGAACAACAGGCACCCAGCUACGAACCCUACACCCGCUGUGACAGGGCCUGCCACCGUCUGAGACUUACCUGUGAGCGGGAGGCUCACAUACUACCACAUGAGUAAAUCAUGUGACCAAGGACUCAGAAGGAACCCUGUGAUAGAACCAACCACCGUCUGAGGCUUACCUGUGAGUGUGAGGCUCACGUACUACCACAUGAGUAAAUCAUGUGAUCAAGGACUCAGAAGGAACCCUGUGAUAGAACCAACCACCGUCUGAGGCUUACCUGUGAGUGUGAGGCUCACGUACUACCACAUGAGUAAAUCAUGUGACCAAGGACUCAUAAGGAACCCUGUGAUAGAACCAACCACCGUCUGAGACUUACCUGUGAGUGGGAGGCUCACGUACUACCACAUGAGUAAACCAUGUGACCAAGGACACAGAAGGAACCCUUUUACAGAUCCAACCACCAUCUGAGACUUACCUGUGAGCGGGAGGCUCACGUACUACCACAUGAGUAAAUCAUGUGACCAAGGACACAGAAGGAACCCUGUGACAGAUCCAAAUACCGUCUGAGACUUACCUGUAAGCGGGAGGCUCACGUACUACCACAUGAGCAAAUCAUGUGACCAAGGAUACAGAAGGAACCCUGUGAUAGAACCAACCACCGUCUGAGACUUACCUGUGAGCGGGAGGAUCACGUACUACCACAUGAGUAAAUCAUGUGACCAAGGACACAGAAGGAACCCUGUUACAGAUCCAACCACCAUCUGAGACUUACCUGUGAGCGGGAGGCUCACGUACUACCACAUGAGUAAAUCAUGUGACCAAGGACACAGAAGGAACCCUGUGACAGAUCCAACCACCGUCUGAGACUAAACUGUGAGCGGGAGGCUCACGUACUACCACAUGAGCAAAUCAUGUGACCAAGGACACAGAAGGAACCCUGUGAUAGAACCAACCACCGUCUGAGACUUACCUGUGAGCGGGAGGAUCACGUACUACCACAUGAGUAAAUCAUGUGACCAAGGACACAGAAGGAAGCCUGUGAUAGAACCAACCACCGUCUGAGACUUGGCUGUGAGCGAGAGGAUCACGUACUACCACAUGAGUAAAUCAUGUGACCAAGGACACAGAAGGUGUUGUGAUAUAACCAACCACCGUCUGAGACUAUCCUGUGAGUGUAAAACUCUGAUACUACCAUCAGACUCUUUCAAGGUUACAAGAACAAAAGGAGAACUUUGUGCAGGAUACAUUUAGUUUACACAAAAGAAGAAGAUAUCAUUAAAUUUUACAAGUUGAAACAUUUUCAAUUUUUAUGACUUUUAUCAUGUUUUUUUUUGCUGUCUUUUUUCAGUGUUUUAACUGUUUAUUCUUGUACAUAAACAUCUACCUACCAGGACUUGGUGCAUUAUGACAACAAUAAAUGCUGAAUCAGCUGAUGUUCAACCAAUAAGAUAAUUGAUAUUACUGCAGAGAUAAAUAAGAAUUUACAAGUUAUUCCAUUUUCUGAAAUUUUCAACUAUUUAUGUACGCAGAAUUGACCUUUUGUAAGAAAAUGCUUAU